CCCUCUCUCUCUUCUCCGUCCUCUCCCCCUCCCCUAUCAUAUGAUCCUUCCUUCACCUCCUCGAGCCCUCUUCCUCCCUGCUGCGCAUACACCAGGCAAACCUACCGAAGCACCAUAAAAUAGUGUUUCGUUGAUCUCCACAAACACCCGUGUCAUCAUCAUGCUCUAUGAAAAAUAAUCCUUGCCAACCUACAGUGUUUCCCUCUCACAACUAGUUCUCUCUCUACUGCUCGAUCUCUUUCUCACUCUAGCGCCGCCACCGCCGCCACUGCCACCACCGCCGUCCCUACAUCACCUCACCAGUUAAGCAAACCCCACAAGAACAGCUUGGUGUUGGUGCGUCGCCAAACCAAACCGACCGCUCAACUUUCCCUAACCGAAGGACAGCAUCUUGUGCGUAUCAGCGUGUAUGUCUAUGGCCUAGUCGAGGCCAUGGAUAUUGCCGGAGAGGCCGGUGGAGGUCGCCGCCUCAACUUCCCCCUGCAGCUCCUGGAGAAGAAGGAGGAGCAUCCGUGCUCCACUUCCCCGGCUGCUGGGUUGGGCGCCGCCCCAGACCGGACGAAUGGGUCCGAGCUGCAGGUCCAGAAGGCGGCACCGCCGAAGCGGACCACGAGCAAGGACCGCCACACGAAGGUGGACGGUCGCGGGAGGCGCAUCCGGAUGCCGGCGAUCUGCGCGGCGCGGGUGUUCCAGCUGACGCGGGAGCUGGGGCACAAGACGGACGGCGAGACCAUCGAGUGGCUACUGCAGCAGGCGGAGCCCGCGGUGAUCGCGGCUACCGGCACGGGCACCAUCCCGGCCAACUUCACCUCCCUCAACAUCUCUCUCCGUUCGUCCGGCUCCAUGCUCUCCACUAUCCCCACCCACCUCCGCGGCGCUGGGUUGAUGGGCUCUCGCUUCGGCGGCGGCGCUCGCUCCGACGCGUGGGACCGCUUCGUCGGCCUUGGGUUCGGCGGCAGCCUGGAGAGCCCGUCCUCCACCACCACCUCCUCGUCAUCCCCGCUGCUGCUGAGCUUCCACUCCGGGAGCGUCGGCCUCGACGUGUCGCCCUCUUCGUCGUCGCCGGCCGCUAACACCGACAUGUCCAGGAAGCGGCGGUGGGAGCAAGAAAUGCAGCAGCAGCAGCAGCAACAUCAUCAACAACAGUACCAGCAGCAGAUGGCUGGGUACACGCAGAGCCAAAUGUCAGGCACGGUAUGGAUGGUGCCGACGAGCAGCGCGCAGGGCGCCGGAGUGUCGCCAAGCGGUGGGGGCGGCGAGUCGAUCUGGACAUUCCCGCAACCCGGGAGUGUCGGCGGCGCGGCGGCAGUGUACCGUGGCGUACCGAGCGGGCUACAUUUCAUGAACAUCCCGGCACCGAUGGCGCUGCACGCGCAGCAGCUUGGUCUCGGCCAGGCCGGAUCCGGCGAGGGGCAGAUGGGGAUCCUCGCCGCGCUCAACGCGUACCGUGGACAACAUGCAGCGGCGUCGGAGGUCACCGUUGCGGGGCACAGCAUCGGAGCAGCAGAAGCCACCGCGCUCCAUCAGCACCAACUUACGGAUCAGCAUCAUCAGCACGGUGGCGGCGAACCCAACAAAAGCAUGAGCGCCAGCGACUCGUAGCGUCGUGGGGGCUUCGCAGCGACCGGUUUGACGUGUCAAUUUUGUGUUUUUUUUCUAUAAUACAGUAUUUGUUCUUCUUAAUUUCGUGUGUGUUCUCGAUUGUUUAAUACAGUAUUGGCUUGUUAGGGCGGCUUAAUUUCAGACUCCAACGAGGAUCACACACACGUAAUAUUGCAUUUUCAGUUUUGCA